UAAUAAUAUGCCCAAACUCAAGAAACACAAACUAAUAAACCCUGUGGAGAACCUGGAGGACUACAUAUGCCAGAAACAUGAGAGAGCUCUGGAGCUGUUCUGUAGAGAUGAUCAGACAUGUGUGUGUCAGUUCUGCACUGAGACAGAUCACAAGAAUCACAACACUGUUCCUAUAGAGGAGGAGAGCAGAAAGAGGAAGACUCAGUUGGAGGAAACACAGACUGAUGUGCAGCAGAUGAUUCAGGACCGAUUGAAGAAGAUAAAAGAGAUCAAACACUCAGUAGAGCAAAGCAAGAGAAGCAAAGAGAAAGCAGACAGUGUUGAAAUCUUCACUGCUCUGAUUCGCUCCAUUGAGAGAAGUCAGGCUGAGCUGCUGGAGGUGAUGGAGGAGAAGCAGAAAGCAGCAGAGAGGCAGGCUGAAGGACUCAUUAAAGUGCUGGAGCAGGAAAUCAGUGUGCUAAAGAGGAGAGACACUGAGCUGGAGCAGCUCUCACACACUGAGGAGCAUCUCCACCUCCUACAGAUUUACUCCUCCAUGUGCAGCCCUCUACACACCAAGAACUGGACUGAGAUCAGCAUUAACACUGAUGUGAGUGUGGACACUGUGAGGACAGCUCUAUCUCUGCUUCAGCAGACUCUGAAUGAGAAACUCACUGAAUCAUUCAAUGACGAGUUAAAGGAAACAGGGCCAGAUCUGUGGUGCUGCAGAGGUCGCGAAAAGCAGGUUCACUAG